AUGGAAGAAGACACGAUAGCUAGCCAGGCGCCGCUGCUAGGUCGGGAAUCUAGUAGCGAUGAUGGUGGCCAUACUCGGAGGGAUUCAUACGGGUCUACUUCUAGCAAAGAUGAUGUGGUAGUCAAUGUCGACUCGACGGAUGACGGACUAAAUAUCAAUAUUCAAGAUGGCGUCAGGCAGGCCGAUGCUAUCAAUCAAGUUUGGUCGAAAGCUGUCCUAUUUUUGGCAUAUUUCUUCAUUUUCCUAUGCUCGUUUGCGAAUACCCUUCAGUACCAGGUCAUGUCGAACCUGCAGCCCUACGUCGUCAGCGAGUUCAGCGCGCACUCCCUAAUCCCCACCAUCGGAAUCAUAGCGUCCAUCAUGAGCGGCGUUCUAAAGUUGCCCAUAGCCAAGCUAAUCGACUCCUGGGGCCGCCCGCAAGGUCUUGCCUGCAUGAUCGCGCUCGCGACCCUAGGUCUCGUACUCAUGGCCGCGAGCCGGAGCGUCCGGACGUACGCCGCCGCCGAGGUCAUCUACCAGGUGGGCAUCAGCGGGUUCACAUACGUCCUCGACAUCAUCAUCGCCGACACGUCGUCGCUCAAGGACCGGAUCCUCGCGUUCGCCUUUAACGCCUCGCCCACCUUGAUUACUACGUUCCUCGGCCCCGUGGUGGCCAACGCGUUCCUCCAGGGGAGCGGUUGGAGGUGGGCGUUUGGACUUUCGGCGUCUUUGUUCGUCGUGCUCUCCCUGCCGGUGCUGUCCAUUUUAAUCCUCAACGCGCGGAAAGCGAGGAAGCUAGGCCUGCUUUCGGAGCGCGCUAGGAGUGGCCCGUGGACUACGGCGAAAUUACGCCAAGGAUUGAUCGAUUUCGACGCUUUAGGGAUGUUCCUUGCCGCCGCCGGCUUAACUCUAAUCUUGGUCCCGUUUUCCCUGCACGGCUCCGCGGUCAACAGCGUGGUUGCUAUUACGCCCUUAUUCGGCGUCCCGUUUCUCGUCGCGUUUGCCGUUCACGAGCGUACAACGAAGCGGCCGUUCGUGCGAUUCUCGCUCUUGUGUUCCCGUAACGUAGCGGGGGCUUUCUUAUUAUCUAUCAUUAUCUUCAUUGCUUAUUUUGCAUGGGACGGCUAUUAUACAUCUUAUUUACAGGUUGUUCAUAAUUUAACCGUCCAGCAAGCUGGCUACAUUGGCCAUAUUUACGGUCUUGGAUCAUGUAUCUGGGCCGUGGUAGUCGGGUACCUGAUUAGACGGACAGACAGGUUCAAGUGGCUUGCUUUGGCUGCCCUACCGGUGCAUCUUCUGGGCGGCGCCUUGAUGAUUGUUUUCCGGCAGCCCGACACGAACAUCGUGUGGGUCAUCAUGUGCCAGAUACUCAUCACCAUCGGAGGCAGCACGCUCGUCAUGUGCGAGCAGAUCGCGGUGAUGGCCAUCGCGGACCACUCGGACCUGGCGUCCAUCAUGGCGAUCCUCGGCCUGGCGUACUACACGGGCUCGGCGAUCGGCAGCUCGCUCAGCGGCGCCAUCUGGAACACGACCCUCCCCGUCGAGCUCGCCAGGCUGCUGCCCGAGGUGCCCCCCGACGAGCUGGCCCUCAUCGGCUCCGACCUCAAGAGGCAGCUGAGCUACCCGGUGGGCAGCGCGAUGCGCACCGCGAUCGUCACCGCGUACGGCGUCGCCCAGACCCGCAUGUGCAUCGCCGGCACCCUCAUAUCGCUUUUUGAGAUUCUCGCCGUGGGCGUGUGGCAGGAUGUUAGGGUUAGCCAGUCCAAGCAGGUCAAGGGAACUGUGCUUUGA